CCCAUGAUAAAAGACAGUUUAGCAGACGAUGGAAAUAUCUAAAGUCAAGAGAUAGCUUACCGAAAAAAGUCAAGAGCCUUGGUUUCUCUUGAUCUCUCGUGAACACAUGUCAGGACGGGUUUGCUGACAGGUGUUCACGAUAUCGAACAGUGAGCGAGGAGGCGGUCAAGCAUGUAUUAAGAAUAGGAAGAGUGAAAUGCAGGAAUUUUUACAGGAUACUCAUACCGAUGUUACUUCGUCAUCCCUGGAAAAGUGAGAAGUGAAACGCAGAUAGCAGAAACUCGUCAGCUCUGAAAAUAGAUCGACACAGGUGUGCAGAGCAUUGAAAUCAGUCUCGUGAGCAGAAAGUCUUGUUGACCAUUGUUCUCGACCUUGACCACUGUUUUGGACCAUUGUUCUCGACCUUGACCACUGUUUUGGACCAUUGUUCUCGAUCGUUGAUACAUGCAAAAUGAACAAAAGGUCAUGCAAAGGUGAGACGGGUCUUACCAAAAAGUGGAGCAAAUUUUCUUCGAGAGGCAAGGGAGGCCCCGAAAACUUUUCCUGCGAGUACAAGGGAGUGCGCCAGCGGACUUGGGGCAAAUGGGUUGCUGAGAUUCGGGAUCCAGGGAGAAGAAGUAGAGUGUGGUUGGGGACGUUCAACACCAAGGAGGAAGCUGCAGCGGCUUACGACCGGAAAGCUUUACAAUUUUUCGGUCCUACUGCUCACCUCAAUUUGCAAAGCUCUCGCGUCGCCACUAAGUCUAAUCAGAACACCGUAUUUACGCCAUUGUUCUCCGUACCUUCGCGAACAUUGUUCUCAAAAACAAAUCCAUUUCCUCAAGUUUCUGAUUUGUUCUCAAAAACAAAUCCACAUCCUCAAGUUUCUGAUUUGUUCUCAAAAACAAAUCCACAUCCUCAAGUUUCUGAAAUUCCUACUGAGCCGUCGAAAACUGAAACAGAUUUUAGUGAAAAUUUCGAAGCAUUAUACACAGGCUCGAAUUCGAACGAUGCUAGAUGGAUCCAAGAUACUCCUAUAAACGACCUUCCAUCACUAGACACUGACUUUGAUUCAAUUCGAGAUUCUUUCAUACCUUUAGAACUCAAAGGAUUGAAAAAAAGCGAAGAACUUCCACCAUUAGAUACCGACAUCAAAAAUUUAGAUAAGCAGCCUGACUUUGACUUCACAUCGUAUUUAAACGAAAUCGCAUUCAAAUACAAUGACGGGCCUCGAUGAGCUGGUGCAACGUUUUGCUGUCGUUGAUUUGUCCAAUUUCUGUUUUGAUAUCGCUAAAGACCAACUUUACACCGGAGAGCUAUCUUUGCCACGGAGGAGUUGCCAGACCGCACUUGCAGCUCUCCUUCUAUCUUUAGUUCGAGUGAUUGCACCUGUGAUGCCCCAUAAGGCAGAACAUGUGUGGCAAAUUUCCGUUUGAUUAUUACGAUGGCAAGAAUACAAAAGCAGAAACUGUCUUUGAAGCCGCAUGACCAAAGUGGAGGAAUAUUGGAAAUCCGUACCAGAAUCAGAUUUGAAGUUCUGUGCAGCUCUUUUGCAAGUUCGCGAAGAAGUGAAUAGAGUUUUGAAACAAGCGAGAACUGGCAAGCUCGUAGGGGCAAGCCUUGAAGCGAAAGUCUACGUCCAUUCCUCCCAUCAGAAACUACAUCAACGUCUGCAGGGUUUUCCACGAUCAGUAGAAGGAGUGGAUAGCUUCAACAGAAUCUUUUUAACAUCUCAGGUCGAAGCUGUUUCUAAAAGCGACGGUGAGAGCAUGAACCAUCCUUACUCAGGCAGCUAUGUGAUGGAAGGAUAUGGACCUUCCUUACUCAGGCAGCUCUGUGAUGGAAGGAUAUGGACCUUCCUUACUCAGGCAGCUCUGUGAUGGAAGGAUAUGGCGAUCUGUGCAAUGGGAUAUCUUGUGCCGAUGGUACCAAGUGCGAGAGGUGCUGGAAUUAUUCUAAAGCAGUAGGAACGCUUGAACAUUGCACACUUUGUGAACGCUGUAAUGGUGUCGUGAAAAUGAGGCCUGCACCAUAAACAUAUAUAGCUGUGUAGAUAUAUUUCAUUCGUGGUGUUCAUCGUCUAUUCAUUUUACAUUCCAGUUGUAACAUAAAUUCACACAAUU